AUGCCUUUCGGCAUUCUCGAAUCCAACGGCAAGCUCGAGCAUGUGCCAGGUACGGCACUGCUUGAGGAGACUGGCCUGGAUGAAACAUCUCAACUCAAAAAGGGCACUGGAAACGACGCAAAUGUGGUCCUAAUUCCCCAACCGUCUAAUGAUCCAAAUGAUCCUUUGAACUGGCCGCUUUGGCAGAGGGAUUUGCUCCUGCUACUGUAUUGUUUCUGUACACUCUGCUGCGUUGGAGGAGUUGGCCCUCUGCUGUCGGUCAUGGCCUUUCCGCUUAUCGAAGAAUUUAAUAUCAACUUUACUCAAGUCUCCCUCCUAACAGGAUACAACCUCUGCGCUGUGGGCGCCGUCGGAGUCUUCGUUUCUGCUUUGGCCCGAAAGUUCGGCAAGCGCCCAUCAAUGCUCGGAUCGAUGGCUCUGGCUUUCGCCGGCACAAUCUGGGCUGGUGCAGCUCAAUCGUAUGGCUCACUAGUUGGUGCCCGCGUUAUCCAAGGCUUUGGGAUUGCCAUGUUCGAAAGUGUCACCUUCGCCAUUAUCGGCGACUUGUACCAUGUCCAUCAAAGGGGUACUCGCAUGGCGGUGUACAUCGUAUCGCAGUCUGGCGUUGCUCAUCUCCCUUCACUGGUUGCAGGCAAGAUCUCCGUCGAUCUCGGUUGGAGAUGGGUUUUCUGGCUCCUUUCAAUCUUCCUCGGACUUGGCAUGUUGCUGACCAUAUUCUUUGGAUGGGAGUCUGCGUUCAGUCGCAAUGAACUGUACAACAUUGAUACAUCGUCACAAAAUAAUAUCGAAAUAAUCGAGAACCUUAAGGCAGGCUCAACGCAUCAUGAGAAAGCCGAGGAAAAAGCAAUCGGGGCGUCUGCCGCUGAAAUUGUUGGAACUCGUGACUCUUUCGUAAAGAGAAUGAGACCGUAUUCGGGAACUUAUUCAGAUGAUUCUAUCAUCAGGAUGAUUCUUAGACCCUUCUUCGUUCUGAUCAACCCGGUUGUUACUUGGGCCAUCUUUGUCAUUGCGUUCUCGCAGCUCUGGAUUGUUUGCAUCUCCUUCAUGAUCGCUCAACUCUUCGGGCAGCCGCCAUACUCACUCGGUACCGCAGAGAUUGGAUAUAUCUCGGCGGGUCCUAUGAUUGGUGGUUUGGUAGGCUGUAUUCUUUGCGGACUGGUUUCCGAUCCCUUGGCCCGAUGGUUCAGUCGUCACAACAAUGGUAUCUACGAACCAGAAUUUCGUCUAAUCCUUAUUAUCGCCGUACCAAUCUUCUGUGCCCCAGGAUAUUUCUUAUUUGGCAAGCUCGCUGCUGAGGGUAGGAGCCCUGUAAUCAUGGCUACGCUCUGGGGCAUCACAUUUGUUUCGGUCCAGAUUGCAGCUGUUGCUACAGGAUCUUAUCUGGUUGACGCUUUUCGCAACAUCAGCGUAGAAGUCUUCAUCAUCUCGAUGUGCUUUAAGAACUUCUUGUUCUUCGGCUUUUCUUUCUUCUUAAACGACUGGUUGGCAAGCUGGGGCCCAGUCAAGACGUUCAACACCAUUGGUGGGAUUAUGCUCGCCAUUUGCGCGACGACUAUCCCGGUGUACAUCUAUGGCAAGAGACUCAGGGCUUGGUGGCAUUCUCAUAGUGUUUUCAGCAAGAUUUGA